AUGGCGUCCACCGUUCCCUAUACCGUGACAUAUCGCCGUCCGGAGAGAGAACCUCCUCUGUUCCUGGCCGGAACUUUUACAACCGUACAGUGGGGCCUCCAGGAGAUGGGCUGCUCUCGCGAUGAGAGUGGCGAAUAUGUCUUUGAGUCUCGCGUCUUCGUCGAGCCUGGCAGAGAAUACCAGUUCAAGUUCAAAGCUGGACAAGAUGGCCCCUGGAUCUUGGAUGAAGAAAAGACUAUCGCCACGGACGAGGCAGGCAACCGCAACAACAUCUUGAAAGUUCCCAAGAGCUACAUAUCCAAGACCAAAGACGAGGGAAGAAGGACUUCAACCCCCGUUGGACAAGUUGCUUCUGUCGCCGCCGAAGUCGCGGAUGUAGCCGCAAAGCUUGACGAGAAUGACUCGUCGUCGCCUCAAAUCAGCGGGUCUGGCGGCGAGAGCGAGAUUGACGAAGACCUCAAAACUCCCUUGUUUGCUCAUGAGUGCUUUGGUGCCUACGAGUUUGUCGACGAUGCUUUGGACCAUGAAGCUCUUGAUGAUGCCAAGCUGAGGCGUGCUUCGAAGCCGAAGCUUGAUGAAUAUGCGAUAGAGGAUGCAGACAUUAACGAUCCAACGAUUGAACAAUUUCCUUGCGAUAAGUUAGAGAUAUUCAGCACACUGCGCAAAAUCCAAUCCAGCUUGGGUGAAGAUCAAGUUAGUCUUGAUGAUUCACAACACUCACCUCGUCUUGACGGAAGAAGAACCAGCGUGGACUCGGAUGAUAGUCUCUUAUCGGCCGGAUCUCUGAGCCCAGUCACAGCUAGAAAACGGGAGAAUCGUAUGUCGACAAGCAGUGGCCGCAAUAGAUCGCUGGUAUCACUUGGCUCCAUCGCCGAAGAGCCAAAAACCCCAGGUCCAACCAAACCGUCUCAUCCACUGUCUACAGCCGGCUUCUCGAAGAAAGAUACACAACUCAAUCAUGCCAAAGGCCCCACAAUCGAACAAGGUGAACACCUUAUGAUGAGACGAUCUGUGCAUUAA